GCGGGCUUGGCGUACAGCGGAGAGCUGCUGCGGCGCAGCGCAUUCCUAGGCGCAGCGCUCGGUGCUCUGCUGAGAACCCCGAGUUCGCGGCGCGGAAACUGCGCAGGAGAGUCCACUCAGGCAGGUGCGGCGCAGCGCGGCGCGGCGGUCUGGUCCUCGCCCUUGGAGGACAGAUGUGCCUGGACGUCGCGGCGCGCAGACCUGAACUCAGGUGAGGGCAGAGGGAGACGACGAGAUGCCCUCGGAGAAGCCCCGCGCCCCCGGCGCCCGGGGCACCGAGCGCGCGCCGGGCCGCGAGCCGCGCCUGCCCAGCCAGCUGCUGCCCGAGCUCUACGCCUUCGCGGCGCGCGUGCUGUUCUGCCUGGCGCCCGUCUACCUAGCCGGCUACCUGGGGCUCAGCAUCACCUGGCUGCUGCUCGGCGUCCUGCUGUGGAUGUGGUGGCGCAGGAACCGCCGCGGGAAGCUCGGGCGCCUCGCUGCCGCCUUCGAAUUCCUAGACAACGAACGCCAGUUCAUCAGCCGCGAGCUGCUGGGCCAGCACCUGCCCACUUGGAUCCACUUCCCGGAUGUGGAACGGGUUGAAUGGGCCAACAAGAUUAUCUCCCAGAUCUGGCCUUACCUCAGCAUGAUCAUGGAAAACAAGUUCCGGGAGAAACUGGAGCCCAAGAUCCGGGAGAAGAGCGUGCACCUGAGGACCUUCGCCUUCACCAAGCUCUACUUUGGACAGAAGUGCCCCAGGGUCAACGGCAUCAAGACACACACAGACCAGCGCAACCGCAGACAGGUGGUCCUGGACUUGCAGAUCUGCUACAUCGGGGACUGUGAGAUCAGUGUGGAGCUGCAGAAGAUACAGGCUGGUGUGAACGGGAUCCAGCUGCAGGGCACGCUGCGGAUCAUCCUGGAGCCCCUACUAGUGGACAAGCCCUUUGUGGGAGCCGUGACUAUGUUCUUCCUUCAAAAGCCGCACCUGCAGAUCAACUGGACAGGCCUGACCAACCUGCUGGAUGCACCAGGAAUCAAUGAGAUGACAGACAGCCUGCUGGAGGACCUCAUCGCCGCCCACCUGGUGCUGCCCAACCGUGUGACUGUGCCCGUGAAGAAGGGGCUGGACGUAAGCAAGCUGCGCUUCCCUCUUCCCUGUGGAGUGAUCAGAGUCCACUUGCUGGAGGCUGAAAAGCUGGCCCAGAAGGACAGCUUCCUGGGAAUCCGAGGCAAGUCAGACCCCUACGCCAAGGUGAGCAUCGGCCUGCAGCACUUCCGAAGCAGGACCAUCUAUAAGAACCUGUGCCCCACCUGGAAUGAGGUGUUUGAGUUCAUAGUGUAUGAAGUCCCUGGGCAGGACCUGGAGGUGGACCUGUACGAUGAGGAUCCUGACAAGGACGACUUCUUGGGCAGCCUGCAGAUCUGCCUCGGGGAUGUCAUGACCAACAGAGUGGUGGAUGAGUGGUUUGCGCUGAACAACACAACAAGCGGGCGGCUGCACCUGCGGUUGGAAUGGCUUUCACUGAUCACAGAGCCGGACGCUGUGACUGAGGACCAUGGGAGCUUUUCCACUGCCAUCCUCGUGGUCUUCUUGGAGAGCGCCUGCAACCUGCCGAGAAGCCCUUUUGAGUACCUAAAUGGUGAAUAUCAAGCCAAAAAGCUGUCCAGAUUGGCCAGGAAUAAAGUCAGCAGAGACCCUUCUUCCUACGUCAGGCUCUCUGUAGGCACGAAGACACACCUGAGCAAGACCUGUCCCCACAGCAAGGACCCUGUGUGGAGCCAAGUAUUCUCCUUCUUCGUGCACAACGUGGCUGCUGAACAGCUGCAUCUGAAGGUGCUUGAUGACGACCAAGAGUGUGCUCUAGGAGUGCUGGAGUUCCCCCUGUGCCAGAUUCUCCCCCAUGCAGACCUUACUCUGGAGCAGCGCUUCCAGCUGGACCACUCAGGCCUGGACAGCCUCAUCUCCAUGAGGCUGGUGCUUCGGUUCCUGCACUUGGAAGAACGAGAGCUGGGAAGUCCAUACACAGGACCUGAAGCCCUAAAGAAAGGCCCUCUGUUCAUUAAGAAGGUCACCACCAACCAGGACCCUAGAGCCCCACCCCAGGGAGAGGGCCCUACAGAUCUGCCACGCCCUCCAGACCCUGCUUCUGAGAUCAAGCAGGCUACCAAGAACACCACUUCUGCCAUCAUCACUGCCACCAAGCCCCUGCUUGAAGAGACGGGCCCAGAGCCCAAAGGCAAGGACAGUGCACCCACGGGGAAGAAGAGUCUGGCCACCAUCUACCUGGCUGUGCCAGGCCCCCACUCUCCGGGGCCCAUCAAGUCACCCAGACCCAUGAAAUGCCCUGCCUCCCCAUUCGCAUGGCCACCCAAGGGGCUGGCUCCCAGCAUGUCCUCACUCAACUCCCUGGCCUCUUCCUGCUUUGACCUGACAGAUAUCAGCCUCAACACUGAAGGCGGGGACCUCGGGCAUCGGGGGCUGGGUGAGAUUCAGCUCACGGUGCGCUAUGUGUGUCUGCGGCGCUGUCUCAGUGUGCUAAUCAACGGCUGCAGAAACCUGACGCCCUGUACCAGCAGUGGAGCUGAUCCCUACGUCCGUGUCUACUUGUUGCCAGAAAGGAGGUGGGCAAGUCGUAAGAAGACCUCAGUGAAGCGGAAGACCCUGGAGCCCCUGUUUGAUGAGACAUUUGAAUUUUUUGUUUCCAUGGAUGAAGUAAAGAAGAGGUCACUAGAUGUUGCAGUGAAAAACAGUAGACCAUUUGGUUCACACAGAAGGAAGGAACUGGGAAAGGUACUGAUUGACUUAUCAAAAGAAGAUCUGAUUAAGGGCUUCUCACAGUGGUAUGAGCUGACUCCAGAUGGACAGCCUAGAAGUUGAUGAUGAACAACAACAUCUUUAUUUUUUAAAUAUGUACAUAUGUAUAUUUUGUAAUUUAAGUCACAAUAGCAAUUUGAAACUACACAUAUAUGUGGGUGUAUAUAUAUAUAUACACAUACAUAUGUGUAUAUAUACACAUACACACACAUUCUUGUGUGCAGUAUAACUGCAUGACUGGAUAGUAUUAUGCAGUGGUAAACACAUGUAAAAGCAAGAACUACUCUUUCUUGGUUGGGUUUAAUUGUUUAAAUCCAAAAAGAAGUGGGGUAUCUGUGCCUAACACAUGAUCAGAACCUCAGUGGUGAAUUUUCUCUGACUUAGGACUUGCAUGCAUGUCUCCACCAGGUGUCUUGUCUUAGACACAGAAGACGAGGGAGGUCCGUUUGUGGAGCAGCUGUCAGUACUCCUGGGCAGGGACUGACGCAGGGAAGAGGGUUUUUCUAUGGGACUAAAAAGUGACCCACCCAAAAGUUCUGAGAGCUAUAACUCUACCUAAGCUCUACUGGCUGCCAUCUUUGGUACUUCUCUGGAGGUUCGUUCCUGUAUCUGCUGUGGAACUAAAACAUACUUUCCUGAUGACAACCAUGUUAGUGAUAUACCUAUAUACCUUGAGUUAAGUACUUCAGUGUGGGAUAGCCUGGGAUCAAACUCCAGCAUGUGGCAUUAUUUCUAUUAAGAAAAUGCAAACAGAGUUUCAAGCCCAGGUCUGUCUGCACUCCCAUAGCAGAGCACUGGAGACUGGAGUGCCAGAGAGAACAGGGGCUUUCCGUAUCUCUUUUAGAUAGGUUUGGGAAUUCUGUUCCACUUUUCUGAGGGCUGAUUCACCUACACAACAUUAAAAACAAGUUAUGUAAACUGUAUAUUUAAACAAGUGCCUCUUUUGCAUUUCAGACUUUAUAAAACCAAAUAUUCAUGUCGUUUCUCAUGUUUCUCUAGAGCUGCUGUCAAGUCUUCUUGUCACUUGUCUGCUCAGGCAGCAGCCCCUGCCCUUGCUUCCUCUCCCACCACUGCUUUCACUGCCGCUUUUCUAAAGAAUGGUAACAUCUUAAAACAAAGUUUCUGACAGGUUACUCUCACUUAUAAAUUGUCUCUUUCCUGUUUUCUACAAAAUUCAAGCCCACUCCUUGUGUUUUAGACUGAACACAAUCAGGUCUCCAGUUUUUGGCUGCCUUAUUCAUGUGCAGAUGCUCUGUUCCAGAACUGUCCAAAUAUAUCCUGCCUACUAAUCCUACUCACCUCUUAGAGGCCUAUGUCCAACUCACCUCCUCCAUUGAGCCAGUGUACACUGAAAGGGCCUCUCCCCCCACCUACAGCAUCUACUAUCAACAUUCUACAGUCUUCAUUUUAACAAUUCCCUGCCUUGUAAACUUUAAUUUUAAAAAAUGUUUAUUAAAUAUCUACUAAAGUCAUAUGCUAAGAAACUA